UUCGAAGCAAACAGGAAUGGAAUUCUUGUGUCGAUUGAUAAUUGAAAGAUUGAUGGGGUUUCCGUCUUGCAUGGAAUAGCUUCUGUUUGGGUGGGGUACACGGCGGGGACCGAGUUGUCUCCCGCCUGGCCGGCAACUGCUGUGCCAAUGAUGAAUUGGCAUAUCGAGCUCGUGCCGGUCGUAGAACUCCUAAACAUGGCUGGAUUUCUGUUGCCAGUAUUCGUUGGUCGGCGGGGCUCUUUCUGGAUACUUACGGCGUUUGUCAAGACAAAAAAACAAGAAAAGAAAGAGAAGAAAAAGACUGAAAUGAAUUCCGUGUUCGUUGGCAAUCGUCAUUGCUAUUGCUUUUGUCGAUGGAGCGGAUGGACGAGGAUCGCACAGCAUACAGUCGUCACUCACCAGUCGUUUGGUCUGGCAUAGCAACACCGGCUCACUGCAGGAAGCUGUGCAGAUUGUAGAUGUAACGUCGCGGACCUGGGGUAUGACCGUAGACCAACGUCAAAGCAGCAGC